AUGUAAAAAUCCUAACUGAUUAGAGUUUUAAGUGAUUCUAAUAAGUGUCCAACACCGUUUUAGAUGUCAAGGUAGUUAAGUUCAGAAACUCCAACGGGAUUUGCACAAUGUUAAUCAAAUGAUCGAGAAACCCUGAGACUGACAAAAUAAGUAAAUUAGUUAAAAAAAGAGAAUGAAACAUUAUAAAUAAAAAUAAAACAAUUAGAAUAAUAAGAUUUUAAAACAAAGAUAGCAAGUUUGGAAUAAAAGAAUAAAUAAUUAGAGCAAUAAUUGGAUGCUUACAAAAAAUUGCCAAUCGAUCAAAUUACUUCCCUUAUUGAUGACAAUGAACGAUUAACAAAUACGGUGGAAAACCAAUCUAAUAAAAUAAAAUAGCUGUUAACAUAAAUAGAUGAACUUAAAGAAACUUCGUUUUAAAAUGAAGGAAAAAAUGAUCUUAUCAUAGCGAUGAUUUAAGAAUUAGAAAAUCAGAGACUUUAUGUUUAAGAUGAAUACCAAAAGCAGAAAGCUUUGAACAAAGAAAAGCAAAUAUUGUAUACAGAGCUUUAAUUGGCCAAACAAUAGAUUAAAGAACUGAACCAAGCUAUAGAAAAGAUUAAGUUGCAAAAUUUGGAAAGUAGCGAACCUUGUGAUGUUCUGCAUUAAGAUUACUUAAAAAGUCAUGACGCAGUAUUAAAUUUCUUAAAACAAUAAUAUUGA